AUGAAACGAAUUGAUGUGUACUCAAUGCAAAUUAUAUCGCAAUAUUUCCAAUACGACAGCGACUUCAGAAAUGUCGUGCAGGUGUGUUCCAAGUAUCGUUUUGUCUUAGACAGAUUUCGAUCAAACCCCAUUCAAAUCACCGUCAACAACAAAAACUUGUUCCAGUGCCUUCAGACCCAAUUUUUGUAUUCAUCAUUAGACCCAAAACUCCCCAAUGUCGACAAAUAUAUUCAUAUGAAAUCUGUAUCAUACGCAUUCUCUCUUUCACACCAAACAGACAAGGACGAAUUUCCACACAUCCGAUAUUCACAACAUGACAUGAAGAAAUACGGAUCUUCUACCCUUCCCAAUGUUGUAUCCAUUUUAAAUGAUCAUAUUAUCGACAACAAAAAUCGGAAGACCUUUGUAGUCCCCCCUUCCGUCCAUUGCUUAGCGGGAAAUUGUUUGAAUAACUUGGCAAUGACUUCCUUUGUGAUUCCAUCGUCAGUGACACACAUCUCGGCUUCGUUAUUUGAGUGCAACGAGCGUAUCAAAGAAAUCACUCUGCCUAUCACUAUCAACUACGUCCCACCAAGAUGUUUCAACAACUGCGUUAAACUCUCCAAAGUGAUUUUUGAAACAAACCCAAUUCGAGUUGGGAACAAGGCAUUUGGUGAUACAGUCAUUCCCGAGAUUACUUAUCCUGUCGAGGGGGUUUGUUUUGGCAAUUCUGUCUAUCAAAGCGGGCGUUUGUCCAGUGUCAACUUUAUAUCCCAAAGUGUUAUUCCCAAAAACUUCUUUGCGUCGUGUAUUUAUCUGAAAGAAGUUGUUAUGGACAAUUCGGUUGUUACUGUGAUGGAUUCUGCAUUUGAUCAAUGUCGUGCUCUCACUCAGUUAAUACUUUCAAACAAAAUCAAAGUGUUUGGUGCUCGUGCGUUUGCUGGGUGUCGGUUACUUGAAAAGAUCGACAUUCCAACAAGUCUCGAAUAUGUCGGGCCCCUUGUCUUUUUCGACUGUAAGAAGAUGAAAGAGCUGGUGUUUCAUGACAAUGUGAAAUUUACAGGGAGUGGCGUGUUUGCUGGAUGUAACAAACUGACUAAACUGAUUGUCCCACUUCACAACGGCAAGUUCAAAUACCCUGUGAUGAACGAAGAAGUGACAAUAUUGAAUAAGCUGCAUAUUGAAACUAUUGAAUUUCUACAAAUGAAUACCAACUCGAAGUAUGAUGAAUUAACAGGUGAAAUGCGCCAAAUAUCAAUGAAAAAUUGUGAGAGUAUUGGUCAAGUCACUGGGAUGGAUAAAAUGGACCCGUCUUACCCCCUUUGUAUAUCAUCAAAAAUCGUGUUUCUGAACCAAAUUGAUAACCCCAGUUUUAUAUAUAACGAUGUCACUAUAUUGCCUAAACACUUGAUCACUAAUCACCUUCAAAUCGACUCACUUAACUUCUUUGUAUUGCCUACAAAGAUUACUAAACUGACUGCAGAGAUGUUUCGAAGUAUUCCUUGCAAAUGUUAUACAGUUCCUUCGCACAUACAAAGGAUUGAAAAGGAUGCGUUCAAGGAAUUUUACGAGUUGCAAAGUUUGUAUAUACCGAGCAGUGUUACUUAUAUAGACAACGCAUUUGUGAACGAGUGUUUUGAUUUGACAAAACUGUGUUUCGAGGGAACUGGCGAAGUCGAUGUGCAUAAGUAUGUGGACGUCCCGAAGAAACUGAGUGAAGAAAGUGUGGUCAAGAGUUUAUUAGAUUUCCCCGAGUUCGUCAACGAAACCAAAAUAGUCUUUCCAACGACGAUAACCAAACUGGAGGAAUGUACAACUGAUUUUAACUCCAUUAUUAAAGAAAUUGAACUCCCAAGUACACUGACCAACAUCGAUAAAAACGCUUUCUGUGACUCUUUCUUGAGUAAAGGGUUGACCAAAAUUACGAACCCAAAUAACUGUGAAUUGUUUUUCUAUUACGGAGACUAUAGAAAACUUAAUGCGUGUGGGAACAAUGGUAUUAAGGCGAUUUAUGGCUAUGAUGAUAUCUUCCAAUUUGGAUACACCGUUCCAAAAGAUGUCGAUUUUAUUGAUCACCACUACACUCCCAGUUUACAACAAUUUGUAUUGGAUGAACUACCUGAAAAGGUUACUCGCUUCAGUAAACUCUUUUUGAAGAACGCGAAGAACGUUUGCGUGCCAAGGAAAACGACUUCAAUAGGCAAUAGCGCGUUUUACAUGAUGCAAAUAGAACGUGCAGAUGUGACAGCAGUCAAAAUGGUAAUACCCAAGUUUUGCUUUGAGAAAUGCUAUUUACUUACUACUGUAGUGUUUGCAGAGACGGUCGAGACUAUUCAACAGAACGCGUUCUCUGAGUGCAUUUCUCUUAAAGAAAUAAGUCUCCCCAAAUCAGUCAAAACUGUUGGUCCACGUGCAUUUUACAAUUGUGUGUCACUUGAAACAAUCAACUGUGAUAUUAAUAAAGUAUCUUAUCAACUCGAGUGUUUCAGAGAGUGCAAUGCAUUGAAAGAAUUUGUACUUCCAUCAGAAAUAGAAGAGUGUGUAUUGUGGGGAUGUCUUUCACUGACAUCAGUCACCCUCUCGGAGGGCACUACAGACAUCCCACAAUGUCUCUUCUUCAAGUGCAACUCACUGAUGAAAAUUUCAAUACCAAAUUCAGUGACAAAAAUUGGGGUGUUCGCGUUCAAAAACUGUUUUGCGAUAGAAGAUAUUACUCUUCCAUCUUCUAUUAGUGUAGUUGAAGAUGGCGCUUUCUUUGAUUGCACGUCACUGAGAAAUAUCGAGUUUUUAGCGGAAAAGGUUGAGUUUGGCUUUAACGUGUUUGAGAAUUGUAGUUCUCUCCGUGGAUUUCAAGUUGGUGGACACCACACUGCCGUAUUUCCAUUUGGUGUAUCCCUCUGGUUUUCUAAGUACUUUGAGAAGGCUGGGAAGUUUGAGAAGAUCAUAUUAACGAGUGAUGAUUUGAAAAGGUAUGGCAUGUAUGCACACUUGAAUAAAGGUAUUUCUGAGUUAGACGAGGGGUGUUACUUUGGGGUUGAUAAAUUGAAGGCUAUUGUUUUACCUGAUACCAUUAGCGCGAUUGGAAAUUUCUGCUUUGCGUAUUGUUCAAGUCUUGAAAUUGUCAAUUUACCACCAAAUGUUAUUGAAAUACCAAUACUUGCGUUUGAUAGAUGUAUCAAUUUGAAAAAGAUUAAUGUGGAGAACAUUCAAGUGUUUGGGUAUCACUCCUUCUUUGGGUGCACUUUGUUGUUGGACAACAAAUUGGUUCCAGUCGAAACGAUUAAAGGUGUAAAGGGUGAAUAUGAUGAGGAGGAAUAUAAUGAAGACGAAGGUGGAGACAAUGGGUCAAGUUCUGAUAAUGAUGAAGAUGAUAACAACAACGACCAACACCCGAAUGAGGAUAAUGUGCCUCAAGAAGAUGAAGAAAUGAAUGAUGGUUAUAACACAGAAAGUGAUUAUAGCAGUGAAGAAGAUGAGGGGUACUAUGUGGGUUCUGACGAAGAUAAAACGGAGAGUUUUGAAUAA